CUUUAAUUUGGGUGUUGUGGUUGCAAAAGGGGAGAAUUUUUAGAACUCCAAUUCACCCCCCCUCUUGGAGUACAUUGAGUCAACAAUUGGUAUCAAAGCAAGGGCUCCAAUUUGAAGGUUUAACCACCUAGGAGUUGAUUGGGAAUGGCUCAAUUUCUAUCUUCUCAACCACUUGAAGGUUUGUCUACCACUAAACCUCCUUUCUUUGAUGGUACUAAUUAUAACUAUUGGAAGAAUAGGAUGAAGGUCUUCAUGCUUGCAAAUGUGCCCAAGGCAUGGGUUGUGACUAUGAAAGGUCCAUAUGUACCCAUGAAAAUUGUUGGAGAAAGGGAGGUGCCAAAGGAAGAGAUAGAUUGGAAUGAUGAGGACUUGGAGAAGAUCAUGAUCAACAACAAAGCAAUCAACAUGCUUCAAUGUGCUCUCAAUCCAACGGAAUUCCAUAGAGUUUCUGGGUGUGAUACGGCUAAGGAGAUGUGGGACAUGCUAGAAGUCACUCAUGAAGGAACAAGCCAAGUAAAGGAGUCAAAAAUCCAUAGACUCAUUUACAUGUAUGAGCUUUUCAAGAUGAAACCGGAGAAGAGCAUUCAAGAUAUAUAUACAAGAUUGAAUGACAUAGUCACCAAUCUCAAGGCUCUUGGUAAAGUCUAUCCUCCUCAAGAAGUGGUGAGAAAGGUUCUUCGAAGCUUGCCUAAGAGUUGGGAAGCCAAGAAGACGGCAAUUGAAGAAUCUAAGGAUCUCAACACUCUCAAGCUUGAAGAUCUCAUUGGUAAAUUGAUGACAUAUGAGAUAGAAGUGCAAAAUGAUGGUGGAGUUGAAGUAGUUGAGAAGAAGAAAAAGGAUGUUGCAUUCAAAGUUAGCAACCAAAAGGAAAAGAGUGAAGAUGAUGCUAGUGAUGGUGAAAACUUCUCCUCCUUAAUCUCUAGAGAAGUGAGGAGAUUUAUGAAGAAGAACAUCAAAAGCAAGCUUGCAAGAAGAGAUGAAGGAGAAUCUACCAAAAAGAGUGUGAAAUGCUAUGAGUGCAACAAGAUGGGGCACUAUAGAAAUGAAUGCCCCAAAUUGAAGAAAGGUGAGAAGAAAGACAAGAAGAGCAUGAGGAAGAAAGCAUUUGCCGCCACUCGGAGCGAUGAUGAGACUAGCUCAACGGAAAGUGAAAGCUCAUUGGAGAAAGGUGUUGCAAAUCUUUGCUUCAUGGCUCAAGAGGAUAUCAACAAUGAUGAGGAGGUAAACUCUAACUUUUCUAGUUCAAUUAAUGAAAGUUCCUUUGAGUAUUCUUAUGAUGAUUUAUGCAAAGUUCUUGAUUGCUCUAUGAAUGAUAUUAAGAGAUUAGGGAAUGAAAAUCUUGCUCUUACUAAAACUAUUUCAUUACUUAAAAAUGAGAUUGAAUCUCUUUAAAAAAAAAAUGAAGUUUUAGUUAAAGAGAAUGCUUCUUUAAAUGGUGAGAUUGCUUCUUUAAAGAAUGAGAAAGUUAAUGAUGAUUUAAGGAAGGAAAAUGAGGAUUUAAAGAAGAAAAAUGAGGAUUUAAAGAGAAAAACUUAUGAUCUUGAAAAUGUGAUUUCCAAAUUUACUUUGAGUAAAGAAAAAUUUGAUUC